AUGGCAGACGGCCUCUCUCUGUUCGACCUCACCUCUGGUGCCUCCCCUGCCCCGCCUGCUACUGGUGACAGCACUGUUCGCUCACAGUGGGCCACACGCGAUGCUGCUGCUCGUCUUGCUGUGCGUCGCCACUUACCGACCACUGAGCGUGCACACUUUAGCCAGUACAACAGUGCUCAGACCUUGGGUGUUCCCCCUCCCCCCUAUUGCUCUGUUGCUUCUACUGCUGCGGCCGACCUCGUUGGUUUCGAGUCGGUCAACGCUGCGUCUGCCCCUAGCGGGAGACGCCGCACCGGCAAGGGCAAGGGGGGCAAGGGCACUGGAGGGGCUGGCGGGGGCGGUGGAGGUGGUGGUGGAGGCACUGGAGGGGGUGGGGGUGCUGGUGGGAGUGGUGGCGGGGGUGGUGGCGGCGGCGGCAGCGGUGGAGGCGGAGGAGGCGGCGGUGGUGGCGGAGGGAGCGGAGGCGGCGGAGGUGGCGAAGGGGGCGGAGGUGGAGGAGGCAGCGGAGGCGGCGACGGCGGCGGUAGUGGAGCGGGUCGCGACUCUGCGCAGAGGAGUAGGUCAGGUGGUGGUCCGCGCCAGCAGCAGCGGAGUGGUGUGACUCUGUCCCCUCAGCAGCUUCGUGAGUGGUACGCUACGCGUCAGCGCGGUGGGGGUACUGGUCCCUGCACUUACGUCUUCCGUACCGGCGACCGAGCUGGUGAGCAGUGCAGGGGGGCGCACUCCACCCAGCGCUGCUUCGAUCGCCUAACGGACGCGUGGCGUCGCCAGUUCCCUGAGGCGUCAGGGAUCCCUCGCUGGGGAGAUCUGUCUAGGGCGGGGGUUGCCAUCUUUGAUCUUGACUAUGAUGCUAUCCUUGCUGCCAUGUAUUCUGUUACUACUAGGGUUGAGGGUGACUGUUACCUGUGUGUACCGCCUGACCCCGGCAUUGAGGCCACUGCUCUAGGUGCUGGUGAGGCUACUGCUCUAGGUGCUAGUGCGUUUGCUGCCCCAGGUGCUAGUGCGUCUGCUGCCCCAGGUGCUAGUGAGUCUGCUCUCUCAGGUACUACGUCGGCUCAGGCCUUAGACACCUUCACCCUUGACUUCGGUGCGUCCCGCUCCUUCUUUUGA